CGGGAUCAGCUACGUCACCGAGCUCCAUUUUGAGUAGGACGAUUGGGGGAGGGCGUCCAUUUUGUGCGCUGAGCUCGGGGAUUAGAGGGAGAGCUGGUAAGGCUGAAUUCACAGAGACACCCGGACACUGUAAAGACCGCAACACUGGCUACCGGUCCUCUCGGUAAGGCUCCCGGGUAUUACAUGGCGGGGGGGAGUGUGUCUGCUUUACUCUACAAACGAGGCGAACUGGGUCCGCGAAUGGCGGCUUGUGAGGAGUCAGUGGGUGAGCUGGAGGGGCAGUGUGAGGGGGGCAGGUGAGGGGGGGGGGCAGUGUGGGUGAGCUGGAGGGGGCAGUGUGAGGGGGCAGUGGUGGAGGGAGCUGGAGGGGCAGUGUGAAGGGGGGCUGGAGGGGGGCAGUGUGAGGGGCUGGAGGCAGUGUGAGGGGCUGGGGGGGACAGUGUGGUGAGCUGGAGGGCAGUGGGGGAGUGGGAGGGGGCUGGAGCAGUGUGGGCACAGUGGAGGACAGGACAGGAGGGGGCUGCAGUGUGAGGGGGACAGGGGUGAGCUGGAGGGGAACAGUGUGGGGCUGGAGGGGGGGCAGUGUGGGGGUCUGGAGGGGGGGCAGGGAACACGAUGAACAUUCUAUUUAGGGGUGCGGUGGGGCGAUUGGAUGAGGAUUUAUGGGGGCGGAUUGGGAUCUUUUCAGGUUGUACGGGGAACCUCUUUAGGGGGUUGUAGAGGGUUUGGAGGGGGGACCCGAGUGUUGGGAAUGGUCGUAGAGGCUUUGGACCGAAGGGGGGGAGGUUUGUAGAAGGUUUGGAUGGGGGAACCUUUUGGGGAGAGGGGGAGGUGUGGAUGGGGGGAACCUUUUGGGGAGAGGGAGAGGUGUGGAUGGGGGGAACCUUUUGGGGAUGGUGGAUUGUAGAGGGUUUGGGUGGGUUAACCUUUUGGUUAGGUGGUGGAAUUUGAGGGAUUUUGUGAAUGUAAUUGUUAUGUAGUUUCUAGAAGAAUACGUUUGGUAGGCCACUGUGACCUCAUAAGAGAACCGUUUACUUCUUCAAGUAAGAGAGCCAGGUAGCUCCUGGCACCAUAACUUAAUUUCAAUAAAGUUGUUAUGGUGCAGUUUUGUUUUUUAAACUGCAGGAUGGGGAUAUUUAAACUUUAAAUGCUGAAUAAUUUUGACUGAAAAACUAAAAUGAAUUUAUUGUUCUGCUGUGCAGGUCAACCCGAUAUCAAGAUGGCUGCUCCGUCUGCAUCUAAAGUUGUGCUAAAAAGCACCACGAAGCUGUCCCUGAAUGAGCGGUGAGGAAGCCCAACAGCAUCUGCCCUUCGUAACAUACCAAAUGUAGUGGCCUAUGUGGCCUUCUAAGGGCAGCACUUGCCCUGCGCCAAACUAAAUGAAAGCAGGCGCCAGCUGCUGAUUGCAGCCGUGGUACACUUUGAUAAAAGGGGCUGUGUGUGACGAGUAUAUCAGUAGAAUUUUGUUAAGUAUUUACAUGCGGUUAUAACACAAUGAAACCAGCUCUAGAAGGCCUCACGCCCUCCCUUUUCUUCCACGUGUUUUACAUGAGUUAAAAUUCUAGUGCGGCCUGGUAGCAUGUUACCUGUGCUGCGUGAUGCCUGCUGCCGUGUCCAACUCUGACACACUCACGUGUGGUCAGUGAUGUAAGAGGCAUGAUGCAGGCCACUCUCCCUGCCCAAAGACCCUUUAAUGACUUUCUAGGGUCUUGUAAGAGGCAAAUGCUUUGCUCCCUUCACUUUCCCUUCUGUGCUGUCAUCAACGUUUUUAUUCUGUCUGUCUCAUUACUUUACAUGAUUGUUACUUGCUCUGACCUCGACUUGCUUUUAUAUGUGAAGGAACCAAAAGAAUUUCACAACUAAGUGUUGCAGAUCUGAUUUCUUUAUGCUUAUGGAUAUUAAUGUCAAACAUUGCACUCUUAAGUAAAAAGUAAUAUUUUUCUAACAUCAAAUGCAAUGCCUGUGCUGGUUUAGCUCCUGCCACCCUUUUUGUAGUCUUUGUUUGAGCGUUGCAGGGAGAAACCCAUCUUCUUCUAAUCUUUCUCCAUACCCAUACAUCAUAAAUUUGUGAUUUGUUUUAAAUCUUUUUCUGCACGUCUGUUUUGGUUUUUGUUACUUUAGCUGUCUACUUUGCAAAUUUCGCUUCCCAAACCCUGUGCUUGCUCCCUCAGUCUACGUCUUGCUCCUUCCCCUGACUGUAGGUUUCUAUUUCUGUGCGUUUGUGGAAAUUGCGGAGGCAGUAUCAAACUCUGGGAGGUGUACCACUAAAACACAUUAAAACAUCUAUCGUACCCCUGGCGGGCUUUGAGGUACAGAAUAGUGUCUGUUGAAAUUUGAUUAAACCCUGCCCCCAUUUUGUUCGACCUUGAAGCUUUACUAACAUGCUGAAGAACAAACAGCCGGUUCCCGUGAACGUCCGGGCUACGAUGCAGCAGCAGCACUUAGCCAGUGCUAGAAAUCGAAGAUUGGCUCAGCAGAUGGAAAGCAGACCGUCAGUGCAGGCAGCACUGAAGCUCAAACAGGUGAGACCUCCACCAUAUUUUUUUUGUUGACAGUAAGAACAAGGCAAUUGAAAAGCUUAGUUAACUUUUCUGCUAAAAUUUUAAGACUACACCAAAAUAGUAGGGAAGGUAAUUAACUGUAAGUCAAGAAAAGUGAGGUUCCCAAUGCAAGAGCAAUUCCUCGGAAUAGUCUGGCUAUAGCAGGUCCAUUUUUUUGUUCCAUGUAUCAUAAAAAUAGGUGAUAAUAUUUCUAACUGUAGGUGUUCUGGUCAAUUAGGUUACUGUUAUGUAUGACAUCUUUAAAUGAGGAGUAGUGACGCAGUCCUGAUAGCUAACUUAUGGCACCAGCUCUUUGAGCUGGCAAUAUAAUUUUGUAGUCCUGCCCCCUUGGCUAGAUGGGAGACAUUAUAGUAUGAGUGGUAAAAGAAAGGGCCUCUGAAAAAAUGUAGCCAGGUGAUCCCUAAUCUCGACCAGAAUUAAGUAAUCUGGCAGACGGUCUCCUACAUGUGGAUUUUUUGUCUUCUUGGCCCUAUUUCUCCCAAUCGCUACCCAUUCUAACUGGAGCAUGUUCUUUAUUAAUGAGCCUGAGUGGAUAGUCAACCAUGCAAAAAGUAUUUAAAUAUAAUAUUGGUAGGUGGUAUGAUUUACCUUCACCCAUAUGCAUGUGUACGAUUGUUCCUUUUUACCCCCUUAAAAGCAUGAAAAACCUUAUUUCCAGCACCAUGUGGCUCUGCUGGCACUGGCCCAGCCCCUUUGGUGACAUCAUCAGAAUGGCCAAUUUGUAGCCAAUCCAAUGCUUUCCCAUGGGGAAAGCAUUGAAUUGGUUAAAAUAGGCAAGGGGGCGGGACCAAUAGCACCUCCUCAUAGCGAUGCAUUGAAUCAAUCCAUCUGUAAGGAAAAUUCAGCGUCCCCAUGCAUCCCCAUACUGUGCAGCACUGAGCCAGGAAGCACCUUCAGUGGUCAUCUGAGGCGUGGCCACUUGGACGUGUCCCUAGGGGGCAAUGUAAACACUGCCUUUAACUGAAAAAGCAGUAUUUGCAUGAAAAUGCCUGCAUAGAAUUAAACUCACCAGUAGGGAUCGACCGAUAUUGAUGAUUUUUUUUUUUUUUUUUUUUUUUUUUUUUGUGCAGAUACUGAUAAUCUGUGAAAUUUCAGGCCAAUAAUUUACCAAUAUUCUGUAUAUUUACCAUUUUGAAAAAAUAAACUUUCUAAAGGUAAAUGCACAAAAUAUAAAUGCAACUUAUAGUGGAUGCAGUGUAUUUAGACAGGGGAGCUGUUUGUGUAGUGGAUGUAGUGUGUAGUGUGUAUAUAAUGAAUGUAGUGUGUUUUUCUGUAUGUAUGUAAUUUGGGGGGGAGGAGCAUCUUCUUUUUUUUUUUUUUUUAAAUAUAAUUUUUUAGUCCCCCUCUCCCUGCUUCUUACUUGGCCAGGGAGGGAGGAUAUAGCAUUCCCUGGUGAUCCAGUGGCAUGGAAAGUACAGUGGGGGCCCGCAGCAAGCACUUACCUGCGUUCCCAGCAGCUCCCUGUUUAAAUCUCGCGGCCUCUGACUGCCGCGGGACUUGCAAGGUUUACACAGGGGAGCUGCUGGGAAGGCUUGUAAUGAGCCCCGGCGGUCCUGAUAUGUAUUAUCGGCGAUAUCAGUAUGUUUAUUAGCCGAUACUACAGAAAAUACAGAAUAUCGGCUGAUAUCGGCCACACUAAUAAUCGGCUAAUCCCUACUCACCAGAACAACUACAUUAAGCUGUAGUUGUUCUGAUGACUAUAGUGUCCCUUUAAGUAUAACAAAUUAGGGAGCUAUCUACUAAACACAUGUAUGUACAAACACAAUCACAGACCUAUACAUGCACAUGUACCCACAGACCCACACAAAUAAUCUAAUAUAUACACAUUUUAGUAAUUAAGAGGUCCACCCAGCCUCCAUACCUUGCUACAGGGGGGCUGGAGUGGAUCCUCUACCUGGUGGCCAGUGGUUGUUGCUGUGAUGGGAUCACUGUGCUCUUCCUGCAUUCUUUACACCAAUCGCGUCAUAUCCCAGCUGCCGGCUCAAUGCAAGGCAUGUGAGGAAACUUUGCAGGAAGCGCACCCUAAGUAAUGCCUCUCUGCCUCCCUCGCAGCCUGGAAAGCAACUGGGCUGCCUUACUAGCGGUUCAGGGCUGCGUGUUAAACACCUGCUUUAAGGGAACACUAUAGGGUCAGGAAUACAAACGCAUAUUCAUGAUCGUAUAGUAUUUAAAAAAACAAAAACAAAAAAAACCUUUAAGUGUCCGGCUCCCUUAAGUAUUUUACUUGCCUUUUAUUUCAGCGUUGCGUGGGUCUGAUGGCACUUGCUCCACCCAUGAUCCACUGCGUUGAUUGAGAUAAUCUGAAUUGAAGAUAUCUGCCAAUCCAAUGAUAUCCUAUUAGAAAGCAUUGGAUUGGCUGAAGUCAAUUCUGAUGAUCUCAGACAAGGUGCAGAGCCAAAUGCCAUGCUGGCCAAUCAGCAUCUCCUCAGUGCCUCUGAGGAAUGUUCAGUGUCUCCAUGCGAAGCGUCUGAGUGACAGACACUCCAGGUGUCCCUAGGUAGCAAUGUAAACUGUUUAUAGCAAAAGGCCUGUGUGGACAUGUUUUACACACGAGAACUACAACAUUAAGCUGUAGUUGUUCUCGUGACUUUAGUGUCACUUUUAAAUUGUCUGAAUUCGUAUAGUGGAGGGUAUUUUCUGUAGAAAGUACAUCUGAUACAGAAAGGAAAACUGUGAAGGUUAACCUCACGGUGCACCAUUAGUGGAGGAUUUUAAUAUUUGCCUCCACAUAGAUAACUUGUGCUACAGAUCAGUUUUUUGUAAUGACUUGAUUAUUGUAACAGUGUCUUAUGAUUAAUUAUGAUUUCUCCUAGUUUUAUGGUAUGCCUCUAUAGCUUUUGUAGAUAAAAUGUUGCUUCUAUUGGCAGCAUUACCCUGCCACAACAUCUCUUGUCACAAUGUAUUACUGCUUGCAGGUACUCCGCCAAUGUUAGAUCCUCUCUGUUCUCUCGGUUGGUUCACAUUGAUCUCUUAUUGGGUGGUCUGCACUGGCUACGCACAAAUAAAGGUGUUUUGUGAAAAGGGAGCAUGUUUUAAGCAGACUAUUGCCAUUUGUUUUACUUUUUCAUGCAUUUCUUUUGAAUUUAUAUAAAAGAAUUUAAAAUACGGCAUGAGUUUCAUUCUGAUAAGGGGAGGCCAGGGAAAAAAUUGCAGAUAAAGAGAAAUGGAAACCUUGUUUUAUUUUGUAUGCUGUCUCUUUGCUGGAUGCCUAGUGCAAUGAACAGAUCUUAUGUUUGACAGGAACCUAAGCUGGUGGUGCCCCGUUUCAGGAUAUCAAAGUGUGAAUUUAUGCAUUUAAAUGUAUUUGCCGUAUCUCGAAAAUAUUUAUUUGUUAAAGGAACACUAUAGUGUCCGGAAUAUUAACAUGUAUUCCUGACACUAUGAUUUUUAAGUGACUGUUUAGUUUGCCACUGAGCACAGUAAGAUCUUUUUUUUUUACUUUUUUCCCUCGCCUGGCUCUCCUCCAUAAUUGUGUCCUAAAAUUUUAGUCACCUCAGCCAAUUUAAUGCUUUGCCAAAGGAAAACAUUGGGAGGCUAUUGCACUCACUGUGCCAAUCAGCAUCUCUUCAGAGAUGCAUUGAAUCAAUGCAAAUGUAUGGGGAAGGUUCAGUGUCUCCUUGCAGAAUGUAUGCACACUGCAUAACUGGACUAGAAAGCACCUCUAGUGACGGAGUGAUUGCACCUAGCCGUGUUUCUAGCCAGUGAUGUAAACACUGCCUUUUCUUUGGAAAAAUGCUAUAGACACCAGAAUCAAUACAUUAAUCUGUAGUGGUUCUGGUGAUUAGUGCCACUCUAAAUAUCCUGGCAUGUGACCGUAACCCUUUAAAGGGCCGUUAAAUUCACCCAUCUCGAUAAAAUGGCCUGGUUGCAGUGAUCCAGUCAUUCAACCCAUUCAACGUAAAACAUUGCUGUUGAAUGGCAGUAUUUACCUUGAAGGGUUACACACACCUUUCAAUGGCUGUUAUACGAACAGCCACUGGAGGUUUUUCCCCUGCAGCGACUGAGUAAAAUCUGGUAGUGUGAUGUUGCAGCCCCAAAAGGAAAGCAUUGAUCUUGUGCAUUCCUGUAUGGAAGCUUGGAUGUUCGUGUACAUCAGGACCCCAAAAGCAAAACUAAAGAAAUGAGAGAAAAAUGCUGACUAUUCUAAAACCAGUGCAAUGCAUGUUGUGUUGGUGCUGUUUCCUCCUGUUUGACUUUUGCCUAGGUCUUUCAGAUGUCUAUUCUCUGGCCCUCUCCACAGAUGGUUAAAAUAUAAGUUUAUCUGCUUUUGCGCAAAAGAUUUAUUUCAGGCUUGGGCAGAAAUCAUUCGCUGGGGCAAAAACAUUUUACCAUUUUCUUUGUUACAACUGAUUGCAUAUUUCGAGUCUUUUAGGUCUAUAUAAUUUGUACAGGGUAAUGCAGAAGCAGUGUUUGAGGGACUACUAACACAGGUCUGUUAAGCACUCAUUCACUGACCGACCACUGGAUUAUCAUUCAUGAUUUCAUGAAGUCAGGUGUAAAGUUAAACCAGCAGGGGCUGUGUUCACCACACACCCUGGAAAGCGGCCAGUGGAAUACUGCUUGUGUGGACUUGUGUGUUCAUUUUAUUAGGAUGAUGUGUGAUAUCUUUAAAUGUUAUGCAGUAGAUAUAUAAAAAUGUAAUUGGAUGUGUUGACACAUGUAACCCUGCUGUGUAUUUUCUAUAUAGGUAUCUGCAUAUAAUACAACUCUGUGCAGUGUCGAUUUAUGCCAGGUUUAACAGUCCUUGCUGUGCAGUUCACCAACUCUCCAAUAAUUACUCUAUCAAGUUUUCCAAAACAUUACUCAGUUCCAGUGUCUAGUUUUUCUCAAAACCACCUCCCUGAAUCUGUCAAAAUCCUUUUUUCUCUUUGAUAUAUCUGCAAGUUUUUAAAGUGGAUUAAUACAGGGCUCGACAAAUCCCAGGUUGCUAUGGUGAACCGGAAUUUUGUACUGGUGACUGGCAUUUGUGAGCCCGUUCCGUCUGGGGCGAACUGCUGGCUCACCGACUACCUAAAGUACACACAGCCAGCUGCCUGCCUUAAUUUUCUCUCAGCAGGACACCUAGGGGACCCUAGGAAAAGCUGAUCCACUCCAGUUCUCCCAAAGGAUAAAUCUGGUUUGUAGCUUAAAUAGCAGUCACACAAUCCAAAAUCACUGCAGAAUUGUAUAUUUUUGCAAUGUAGAUCCCUUGGGGUAGUUAAAGGGACUCACCAGUGCCCUGCCCCAUCCCAUGUUGCUGAAGGGGUUGAAACCCCUUCAGUGACUUACCUGAGUCCAGCGCCGAUGUCCUUCGGCGCUUGGUCAGGCUCUGAUGGCGGCGGGGAGAUCUAAUGCGCAUACGCGGCAAUGGCCGCACGCGUUAGACCUCCUCAUAGGAAAUCAUUAUUCAUUGCUUUCACAUAGCGUGAGGACAUCCAGCGUCAUUUAAAACACUUUGUGUUCUAAGAACAUGGAAAUCCCUAUACUGGCUGUCUGAUAGACAGCCACUAGAGGAGGACUUAACCCUGCAAGGUUGUUGUUAUUGCGGUUUAUAAAAACUGCAAUAAUUACACUUGCAGGGUUAAGGGUGGUGGGGGUUGACACCCUGACCACUCCAAUGGGCAGAAGUGGUCUGGGUGCCUGGAGUGUCCCUUUAAAGAAGCAUUCCAGGUACCAUAGCCACUACAGCACAUACAUUUAGCUUUUUCUCCGUGGUAGAGCAGUUACAUGUAUACCUCUUCCAGGCUUUUGUGGAACUGAUAGUAAAUUUACAGCCAGGCCUCACUUUUGAGAUGCCUUUAUUGCUAGUUGAUGUGACUCCAUACUGUCCACUAAUGUGAGGCUUUGACUUUUUCUAACACUCACCUUUUAGUAGAUGGAUCUCCAAACUGAGUAAUGACUGUGUACACCAAUCAUUGUUUGCUUAACCUUAGUUGACAGCUUGGGCAUUUUAUCAAUGUUAUUGACUUUUAGGAUGAUCAGAUCGCCUGGAAGCAAGUGAUAUUGAUUGCCUGCCUUCGAGUCUCAGGGGACUCUUCCAAUACACCCUUAUGAAAGGUUUGGAUGUGGGUGAAGUUAAGGAGGAGGCACAUUUAUAUGGUCUAUUUACCCUGUAUGACAACCAUCACUAAGUCAGUAAUUGACUGUGACAUUGUGUGGUGGCUGUUGCUAAAGGGUUAAAUUAAACAAGACAACUUGAGUAACAUUUUGACGUAUGUGUCAAGUUAAAGGAGCACUAGUCAUCAGAAUUACAGCUUUAAUGUGUAGUGCUUUCCUGGGACUCCCAUAGUCCCCUUCUGCAUUAAAGGGCAGUUCAUCUCCCACAGCAGUUCAUCUCAUUCAAGUGGUCUGGGUGCAGUGCCUCUGUCGCCUUAAUUAUUGCAGUUAAUGAGAAACUGCAAUAAUUACCUUGCAGGGUUAACUCCACCUCUAGUGACUGUCGGCCAGACAGCCACUACAGGCCCUUCUGGUUUCUUAACGGACUUUUGGUCACCUAACUGACAAUGGACGUCUUCACGUUUAGAGUGAGGUCAUCCAGCGUCUGCUAAAACCUUAUAGGAAAGCAUUGAUUCAGUGCUUUCCUUGGGGGAGUCCUAAUGCCAUUGCCGUUCUUUAGGUCCACCAUUUGCUUCUUGUGGAGUUAUUGGCUAGCUUUUGUUAACUCCACUUAGUCCUGCUGUGUGUGUUCAGCUUUCGGACACAGCUCAGUGGCAUGCUCUAGUGGAUAUGGUAUUUGGAGUGUUUUAACGUUUUUAUUAUGAAACGCCAGUCAUUUUGCAACAACUUGGCACCUUUGAGCUAAAAAAUUAAAUGUACUUUCAAUAUGGCAAUGGUUCAGAAUUUCUCUUAUAUGCAUUGGUUGCUGGACAUGUGAGUGUAACACUGAUUUUGUUUGGCAUCUUUUUUUUUUUUUUUUUUUAAGGGAGAAAAUCUGUCUCUCCAAUAAUGUUAAACAAUAGUACAAGUUAAAAAUCUCGAAGAUACUUUAUUAAAUCAAAAAAGAACUAACAUACAAUAAACAGGGCACGCCCUAACUAUAGCUACCACACUGAAAUAGUAUGACUCAAAAGAGGUUGCAGCUUGCCUCUUUUGAGUCAUACUAUUUCAGUGUGGUAGUUAUAGUUAGGGCUUGCCCUGUUUAUUGUAUGUUCUUUUUUGAUUUAAUAAAGUAUCUUCGAGAUUUUUAACUAAUACUAUUGUUUAACAAUAUUGGAGGGAAAGACUUUCUCCUUUUCUCCCUUUCAAUUAUUUUAUUAGGGUUACCCCCUGUUUUUUCCUUUUGGAUUUGUGGCCAACUAGUUUCUAUUUCCCUUUUUUUUUUUUUUUUUUUUGGUACAUUUUUCUGCAGUUCUUUUGAGUUUUGUUUAUCUUGUCAUUACAUAUUUUGCAUGUCUGUUUUAUGGUGUCUUGUGUUGGAUAGUGGGUAUGGAGAGAGCCUCACAUGCUGACCCCUCAGUUUUACUUACUGCUUUACCUACUGAGCCUUAGUAAAUCUUUAAUGAAAGGUGAGAUAGAUAAUGUUCUUCUAGGUUUAAAUACAUGCUGCUUUAUUCCCCUUUCAAACAGCCAUAAAACAUAGAAUGGUAAAUUGUAUUUUAACUGGUUACUCCAUUUUUCCACCUAGUAUUUCAGUCAGGUUUUUGAUUCUGUAUAUUGUCUGUGCAGUUGGCAAUCUGUUUUCCUGGUUUCUCUGAUGUUCAAGACUGUUCUCCUAAUCAAAAGUCUGUGUGAUUUCUGUCUUUGUCAAAAUUGAAUGUUUGUUAUAAAUCAUCAUUUUUUUAUCUUGCUAGAGUUUGAAGCAGCGCCUUGGUAAGAGCAAUAUCCAGGCUAGAUUAGGAAGACCAGUGGGAAACCUCCGUGGAGCCCCAGGCAUGAGAGGAGUGGGAUUAGGACUCCGUGGCUCACAAAGGGGAAUGAUGCGUAUUGGCCGUGGUGGCAGAGGGAUACCCAGGGGUGGCAGAUUGAUGCGAGGUAAGUGGAACUCUUCUUAGAUGUUUCGUUUGGACAGUAGGAUGUAUUUAAUUCAUUAACAAUUCCUUGCUCUAUUUAGGACAAAAUCUCCGAGGUAGAGGUGGCGUCCCCCGCAUGGGACUUAGGCGGGGAGGUAUCAGAGGCAGAGGAGGGCCUGGUCGAGGCAUGAUGAGAGGAGGUCCAAUGGGUCGUGGUGGUAUGAGUGUAAGAGGUAAUUGUUGUCCUAAUAGGUCUGGAAAUUUGAGUGGGAAUAAACUGGACUGUUAACUAAACACUAAAAUCUUGUUUAUUUCUAGGACAUUUCUCAUUUCAAAAUUGUCAGGUAUAUAAAAUGGCUUAAUGGAUUGGACAAAAGGGAAUAAUCCCUCUUUGAAAAAAUAGGAAGGUAGAAGUAAUGGUCUGAAAGAGGUGUGUAUCCACUAAGCUACUCGUAGAAACAGCCAACACCUUAGGCUGCAUAUAUAAAACAAAGUAGUGAUAGGGGAAGCAAAAAGAAAACUAUCUAUUGCUCCAACCAGGCGUAGAUACCAACACCUAGAAUAGUAUUUGUGAUAUACACGUGUAGAUCCAGAUAAAGAGUGAUAGGUGAAUAUACCCGCAGCAGAGAUAGAUCUGCUACACAGUGAAUUAAAGAAGGCAUAAAUCCCUAUAGAGAAAUGAUUCAAUAACAUGCAGUUCUUUGAAGCCUAUAUCAACAGGAGAAAAUACACACAAAAAUUGUAUCUAAAUAUACAAAAUGUCAGUGAGUGUAGACGAUACUUAGGCAAUCUCAGUUAUGAGUAUAUGAGUCCCCCAGGAAUCCAGAGGAGUAAAUUCAGUCCAAUAAUGUCUAUUAUAUGUAAGCUCUUGUAGAGGUUAGGCAGAUAUACUUGCUAUGAGGACAGCAGGGAAACUAGACAAUUAGAGCUGAAGUAUUCUAGUAACAGACUAUUAUCCCUAUCAAUAGUAGUAUGGUACAUUUAAAAAUUACAUUAAAUUGAAAUAAAAUAAAAAUAGCAAGCAUGUAAAGGUACAGGAAUAACAUUACAUAAAUGGUCAGCAGAAUCCAUGAUGAUUUCUUCACCUAUAGCACCAUCCGUUGAUCUCUAUAAUAUACAAUGCAGAGGCAUAGUGUUCUCCGUAUAGAAUUGUAGUUCAAACAAAAGAAUUAUCAAAGAAGUAUAAAAUGGCUUGCAUUCAAGUUAAUCUUGUGCCUUUUGGAAUAGUUUUAUGGGACUUCUCUGAUGCUAAAACAGCCAACAUGGACAGACUGUUGGUUUCUGUCAUUAUUGCGACACUUACUUUUUUUUUUUUUUUUUUAAGGGAGGGGGAGGGGAUGACGAAUUAAGGUUUCUGAAUCACAUAUUCAAUGUAAUUAAAUGAUACAUAAACUUCCUCAGAUACAGUCAGGCAUGAUUUCUGACACUAAACAAUUGACAUACAACAUAACAAAAAGCUGCAACAGGAAAUAAUACAGAAUAAAACAAGAAGGGUAGAUUGGGCACAAUCGAAAUGUAUAACUGCAGAUUACCAUGUAUGUAGAAUGAAAAAGAAAAGACAAGUAUAGUGGCUAGUCUGUGAAACCUGGUCACACUCACUGGAAUUUUACUUUUGAUCCUAUGAAACUUCUGUUCUACCCUUGUGAAACACAAUCUAAAAUGCAAAAAAACACCCCACUUUUCAGGGUUUUUCACUAAAUUGAGAAUUGUCAGAAAUUCAAAAUGAAUUUCAAAUUUUAGAACAAAAAUAGCAGAUUUAGAAAAACUCUCCCAAGUCAGCUGUGAUUCUAACUUUUGUGAAUAACCCCCUGCUUUUCUAUGAGUGGGUGAUCAAUAAUGUGCUAUGGACGCCUAACAUUAUUUACUAACUUGUUUCUCCCUUUCAGGCAGGGGAGGUAUGAUGACUCGAGGUAGAGGAGGAUUUGGCCGUGGGAGAGGACGGGGUAGAGGAAGGGGAUCCAUACGCCCUGCAUUGACCCGAGAGCAGCUGGAUAACCAACUUGAUGCAUACAUGUCCAAAACAAAAGGCCAUCUUGAUGCAGAGUUGGAUGCCUACAUGGCUCAAGCAGACCCAGAAAGCAAUGAGUGAACUCAAACUGAUUUUUAGCAAAGGAACUGACUUCUACCAGUGUCAAAGACUCACUGGGUUACAAGCCAAUCGUCACCUCGUUUUAGAGUUCCUUUUACAUUUUGAUACAGCUAGAUUUUUGUUUUCUUUAAAUAUAUUUUAUUAAACCUUGAAUGUAUAAAGACAUAUACAACUUGGCAUUUUUCACCAUCCAAACCUUUACUGCCCACAUUAAGCACUGCACAGCUCAAAGCUGUGUUAAGGUGCCUAAUCAAAUUUUGCAUCUAUAUAAAACUGUGAUACUAAUGGCCUAGUUUCUUUCUGUUCUGCCACUUGAAUUGGUGGCUUGUAAGACAUGCUGAUUGUGGUUUUGUAGGAUCCCCCGUUACAUUUACUUCUGCUCUACGUAUUUGAUGUACAGCUUUUUUUUUUUCCAAAGUUUGUUUAGGCGGUUUUAGCCGACAUCCCAGUAUUGCAACUUGAUAUAACUGGAUUUUGUGAAGAAAACAUUGUGGCUCGUUAAGACCAGUACAAUAUCUCUUAUUUCCCAGGCAGCAAAGUGUUUAUAAGCAUGUCUGCCAAUAGACCUCACAAAGUCUGAGUGAAACCAAUUUUGUUCAUUCAGUCACAUGAUUUUGUUUUUCUAAGUUUUAUAUGUGUGGCAUAUUGAAGUGUGUUACUGGCAUGUUAUCUGCCAUUGAGCCAGAUCAAGAUGGGGGGUUUUAUAUGUUUUUAACAGAACCUUUCUACUUGUUACAUUUUGGUUCAUUAGGUUUAAAAAAAAACAAAAAAAAAAAACGUGGCUAGUAAUUGAUCUAAGGAACAGUAAUGUGUCAACUUUCAAAAAUUGUUUCCUUAUCUAUAUACUAGUUUUAUGAAUAGAUUUAACUUGUUUAAAGGAAACUUUUUCUUGCCUAGUUUUUUCUUUACCAAUCUUACUGGCUCAGUGAAAUUUCUAGUGUGACCAUUGCCUUUAGUAUCCUGUUGGCAAAAGACAACUUAUAUAAUUUUCUUUACUUUCUGUGAAAGAGUGUUUGAGUCUCCGAGGUCCAAAUGUGUUUAAAAGAUUCCAUCUAGCUCCUGUCACUAAAUAAUGUUUAUAUUUAUUGGAAGAAAAUGAAUUGGAUCCAUGUCUCCACAUCUUGUAACCUCACACAUAAAGGUUUAUGGAAAGAAAGUUCAAAUGUUCAUCUGUGGAACCUUAAAUUGCUAUAAAAUAAAACACAUUUUCCCACUUAACUCUGCUGCAAAAUUUGAAAUUGGGUCUGUUCUGCUUUAGAGAUAUUAAAAUUCCUUUUUAAAAUUCUGGCGAUAUCUUUUCACGAAAUAAGUUUAAGGUUCUUGAUAAGAAAUACAGUAUAUACAUUUUCCUUAUGGUGACUGAUCUUAGUCAGGUUCUGUAAGAGGCAGUUGGUUAAUAUUUUGAUAUAGAAAUGGGAAGAGACCCUAGAUUUGAAUCAUGCCCUGUACACAGUAACUUUUACAAGACCCGUGGGGGACAAAAUGCUAAAAAGACAUUCUGCUUCAUCAGUGUUCAGCCUUUUUUAUUCAACAUUGAAAUUAAAUUAGGUCUUUCUGAGUACAGCAUUAUUUGUAGUCUUGUAGUACCUCCCAUCCCCCAAAGUAAACAAAUCAAACCUUAUUGUCUAUAAUCACCUGAUUUUUGAAGUUCUUGGAAAAUGGCUAACUCCUACUGAUCAAAUCAGACCUUAGCCAGCUCUUACUGAUAGAAUAGAAAUUUGAGAUUGGUCGCCUACUAAGAUAUCUCCUUGGAUCAAGCAGCUAUUACCCCACUGAUUAAAAAUUAUAUCCCUGUAUGUUAUGUUUUUGGAAGUAUUUAUCCAAUUGCUGUUUAAACAUCUGUAUGGACUCUGAUAAAACCACCUUUUCAGGCAGAGAAUUCCAUAUCCUUAUAGUUCUUGCUGUUAAAAACCCUUUAUUUUCCUUAGAUUAAAUCUCCUUUCUUCCAGCCUAAAUGCGUGACCUUGUGUCCUAUGUAUUGACCUGUUUAUGAAUAGAUUUCCAGAUUAUGGUUUGUCCUGGGCCCAAAUAUAUUUGUAUAAUGUUAUCAUAUCCCCUCUGAGGCACAGUUUUUCCAAACUAAAGAGGUUAACAUUUUUUAAUCUUUCUUCGUAACUAAAAUGCUCCUUUCCUUUUAUCAAUUUUGUAGCUCGUCUCUGCACUUUUUCUAGUGCCC